AUGCGCCACUUUUGUGACACCGCGUUGGAAAUUCUCUCGAGAGAGAAAAGAACGCAAAAGUACUUUCACCGAAUAAAAAUGAUCUCUCUCGCAGACGAAGGGUUCCUCCGCUCGGCGUCGAUGAUUUUAGCCUCGGAAAUUGGCGAUAAGACGUUCUUUAUCGCGGCUAUUUUGGCCAUGAAUCACAGUCGUUUGACGGUUUGGUCCGGUUCCGUCUUCGCGUUAGCUCUGAUGACGGGAUUAAGCGCCAUGAUGGGCGCCAUCGCGCCGAACUUGUUGAACAAAACGACCACGCACUACGUCGCGACUGGUCUGUUUUUCUUGUUCGGUUUGCGUUCGGUGUACGACCAAACGGUCGGGUACGACGCGAACGCGGAGUCCGAGUUAGAGGAGGUGGAGAAGGAGCUGAAAGAGCACACGUCGUCGUCGUCGUCGAGGACGAGAGGAAGAGGAGGAAGAGGAGGAAAGACCGGUCCCGCGACGAGAACGAGAACGAAAGCGAAGAAACAAAGCCCGGGGAGUAAGAUCAACGACAUCCUCGCCGUCUUCUUCUCUCCGAUCUUCCUCCAAGCGUUUCUCAUGACCUUCCUCGCCGAGUGGGGCGACCGGUCGCAAAUCGCCACCAUCGCGCUCGCCGCCGAUUACGACCCGAUCGGCGUCACACUCGGAGGGAUUUGUGGCCACGGGUUGUGCACAUCCGCGGCAGUUUUGGGUGGUAAAAGAAUGGCUGGUGCCAUCAGCGAACGAAUGGUUGGUUUGUGCGGGGGGAUUUUGUUCCUCGCGUUUGGCGUGCACGCGUUGGUAGUCGGCGAAUAG